AUGCGGGCACGGAGCGCUACCGGCGCUGUGGGGCCGCGGCCGCCGGGAGCUCAUCCCCGCGCAAAGGAAUGGGCAGAACCUUCAGAGUGGGUCAGGGGUGCGCCCGCAGCCGGCGCCGGGGGGAGAGGGGUCAGCGGGUGCUCGGGACGGCUCCGGCUCAUGACAGGGGCUACGCCAAGAGAAGGGGCCGAGCGCAGCGUCCCCGGGGCAGCCCCGCUGCAGCCAGCCUUGGGAAGAGACCCGAGGGCCCCCGACGGCCUCUGGCCUAGGGAGCGCUGCCGGGCGCGCGGGGCAGAGCGCGGGCUGGAUCCCACCCGCGUCCCCCCGGACGCACAAGCCCGGCCACCCGCUGGCCCUCGGCCCCUGCCCGCGGUCCCGGCCGCGGGGCUGCCCGGAGCAGCCGGGAGCGGGCCCAGCCGCCUCUCCGCGGCACCGCCGCAGUUCACCCCGCCGCCUCCCCGACGUGCAUCCCCACCGCAGCCAGCCCGACGGGUGCCUCCUCCUCUCUGGGGAACACAGAGCCCCGGGGGGCUUUUGUUCUCCAGCCACUGCCGAGCCCCGGCUCCCGGAGCUCCUGGCCCCACGUCGGGCACCGCGGGGCUCACGGGCGCUCCGGGAGCAGCAUCAAACCGCCUUUGGCCGAGUCCGUCCUUGCCGUGUGCGCAGCGGCGAGGGCCGCUCAUCCCGCGGAACGUGCGCGCUGUGCCGCAGCCAGUGCCCCGGUGCAGCGCGGUGCGGGUGCGCGGAGGCGGCAGGCACCGCGGGACCGAGGAGAGGACGCCGCCAGCUGCGGUGCUGCCGCCUUGCCCCGACGGCGGGCCCUGA